AUGGCUGCAAAUUAUGAAAAAUUACUUUCUGGAAAUGGUAUUAUUGAAAAAUUAAAUAUUAAAAAUGCAAAAAUAAUUGCAGUAUGCAUUGUUUUGGCAUUUUCUGUAUUUCACGGAUUUCGUCAUUUAAAAUAUGAUAUUAAUUCAUGCACCUUAAUUAUGAAAGAUGGAAGAUAUCAUGGAAAGAAAGAGUGGCAGCCUUAUGGAUGUAUGAUGCAUAAUUAUACCCAAAUCGAUACCAAAAAAUGUUUUAAAUUACAUCACUUUUUCGGUCAAUACAAUCAUUUUACAUUUGUCGGAGAUUCGAGAAUAUUUCAGUUUUAUAGUGCAUUUUUAAAAACGAUUAACAGUAAUUUUAUUUUCAAACAUAAUGGCACACAAUCUUAUAGUGAUCCUCAUUUGGGACUGCAAAUAGAAUACAAAUAUAAUCCUUUCUUAUUAGUUCCUUUCGGUAUGAAUGUGACAAAGUGGAAAAGUAAAAAUAAUUAUCCUAGUGUAUUAAUGUUAGGUUUUGGAAUUAAUCAAUUAUUAAAGACUCGAAAUGCUUUCGAUAAAUUGCAACAAUUUAAAAACAAUUUAACAAAUUUAGUGCCAAUUUUUAAUGAAUUAGUUUUUAAAAAUGUCAAAGUCAUUUGGACCUUACAAGAACCUGUCAAAUUUAGCAAUAUGGCUUUAGAAAACCAAAUUAUUAAUAAUUCAAUAAUUGAUUUAUACAAUAACGCAGCCGUAGAAGUUUUGAAAUUUAGUAAAGUUGAUUUAUUAAUUAGCUUUAAAAAAUUAGCUGCUCCAUUUUUAGAUGACAUGAAAGAUGGUGUUUUAUUACCAUCAGAACAUAUAGCUAAAAAAACUGGUGCUCAAAUUUUAUUAAAUAUUUAUUGUAAUGAUCGUAUGAACUUUCAAGAUGGAAGCUGUUGCAGCAGUGCUGAACAAUAUACAUCCCUUCAAAUCAUUACAUUUUUUGUUUUAUUUAUAUGUUUUUUAUUGGCUGUGCUUGCAAAAUUUAUAGAAACAUUUAAAAAAUCUAAAAAUAAAACUGAAAAAUCUACUCAUCAUCAAUCUGAAUUUACAAUUAUAUUUUCUGCUUUAGCUAAAUUAGCUCUUAUCAUGACUUAUUUUUACAUUUGUGACAGAACUAAUUUUUUCAUGAAAGAAACUAAAACAUUUUCUCAAUCUGCUUUUUGGAUACCUAUUGUAUACAUAUUAUGUGUCGGAUUAUUUUUUACCGAAGACAGUGGAAAUUCUAAAGUAUUGCACAGAAAUCAAACGGAUGAAUGGAAAGGGUGGAUGCAACUAGUACUGUUAAUUUAUCAUUGGACAGGUGCACAAAAAGUGUUACCUAUAUUCCUUCUUAGCAGGGUCAUUAUUUCAGCUUAUGUGUUUUUAUCGGGAUAUGGACAUUUUUUUUAUUAUUGGCAUAGCGGAGAUGGAAGCAUUGUUAGGUUUUUUAGAGUUCUUUUCAGGCUCAAUUUUAUGCAGUUUGUCGUUUGUUUAUGUAUGAAUAGGCCUUAUCAAUUUUACGAAUUUUUACCAUUGGUAUCCUUUUGGUUUGUAAUGAUGGAAGUUUUUUUAAUCGUACCACCUCACAUAACGAAUCAAUCGUCAGACAAUCAUCCGAUACAAUAUCUGUACCUGGUUUUUAAAUUUGUCGUUUUUUUCGGCGUUAUUGCAACACUGUACAUGUCAGAGGUAUUUUUCGAAAAAAUAUUUGUCACUCGUCCCUGGAAAGCAUUGUUCGUUACGGCCGACGAUGAUAUUUCCCUAUGGUGGGAAAGUUGGAAACGAGAACGUUACAGCGUUUUAUGCGGUAUGAUUUUCUCAUCGAUACUUUUAUUAGCUCAACGUUACAGCCUUAUAGACGACAACAACCACAACAAUCUUUUCUCAAAUAAAAUAUCAUUACUAUUAAGUCUAGUCAGUAUUUUGGGCAUCGGUUGUUACGUUGUUUUCGCUCUUUUAUGUACGGAUUGGAGCGAAUGCACCGAAAUACAUUCGUAUGCUACAUUUUUAACGAUAAUAUCAUACAUAAUAUUAAGAAACAUAUCCGGUGUUUUACGCACCAAAUACUCAACGUUUUUCGCAUGGUUUGGAAAAAUAUCAUUAGAAUUAUGCGUCGGACAAUUUCACAUAUGGUUAGCGGGAGAUUUAAACGGGAUUUUAGUUUUGCUUCCCAAAUAUUCUAAUUUAAAUGUGUUCCUAACUAGUUUUAUAUUUGUUUGCGCAGCUCACGAGGUUCACGAAAUAACCAACACACUUUUGCCUUAUGCCGUUCCCACAAAUAUGUUCACACUUGGAAGAAAUAUUCUGUUGUUCAUUGGUUUAUUAAUACCGAUCGGAAUUCAUGCUGGAAUGUUUUAG